AUGUCAUCUUCUGCCCAUUUCAGCGCCCCCUCUACCGUUUCCAACAUCUCCGAUGCAAAUAAUUCACAGUCCACCCCAUCAGCAUUUGUUUCAACCACUCAAGAACAUAAUCAUGCAGAACUCGCGCAUUAUGGCCACCCUCAGGCAUUUAACCAUACUACAGAGUUCGAAGCUUCAUGUUCAUUUAGGCAGGGUCCACUGCCUCAACUGUCCAACUCCCACCCCACACACCAUGGUUUCAGCCUUCCACCUCUCUGCAUGUACACACCCGGAUCUAUGUACUUGAGUCACCCUGCCCCCACACCAAUUCAACCUGACCCCACGCCAAUUCAACCUGCCCCCAUGCUUCAUUCUACCUCGACUCAUGUCUGUCCUCACUCUACACCUCAACUCAACAAAAAACCAGCCUCAUCUGAUGAGUUGGAACAACCAUUACUCCCACCUCCAGCUAAAGGCAAAAAAUGUGGCAAGGGCAAGGGGACUGCUAAGCCCAAGCUGGAGCCUGAUAGCAGCGAGGCCCCCAAAAAGGGAUGCAAGGCUGGUGCCGUCGAUGAGACAAACCCUCUUCGAGGGACUGUUGUUCAUCUUGCGGGCUACCCUACUGGGUACCAUAAAGUCACUAAUGAGGACCUGAUUGCGUUUUCAGAUAUCUUGACUGCAUCUGGCCAGGGAACAUCCAUCUAUUCACAGUCUUGGAUUUGCUCCGAGUCCGCGAAUGGCAAUGCAGCAAGUACAAGCAGCGCCAUUGGAUUGCACCAAAAUGCAGCCAUACCUGCCCAACCCCAAGCAAGUACUUCUGCAGACCAUACUAUUGGUGGGAUCAUGCAGGCGAAUGAUCAGUGGCGAUAUCCGCUUGCCCAUAUUCGAAUGCUGAUCAGGAUUGCUGUCUGCUGUGGUGCAACGCCCAAUCCCCACCUAUUGGCCCUUACAACUGAACGUGGCCAGAGAGUCGAGAUAAUCCACCAACUCUGGCCCCUCAGCCUGAUGAGGUCCGAGGUUGAUCCUUCGACCUUGGAGACCGUUCUUUCUAAAGUCACAAAGAAGCCUCUUUCUCAAAAUGACAUAUUGGACUUUGCUGUUCCAUGGUUCUUGCAAUUUUCCUAUGAUGUGAGGUGCAAGCUGCACGACACCCUCGACGACUCUCGCACAGGUUUUGGCCUCGGGGACGGUGCCUACGGUGAUGUUCUGAUAGACAAGAUUUUAGACUGCGCUCGGAUGUUCAUCAGGCCAUGGGCAAACAUGCUCCCACUUUCCAUAGCUAAAGAGAUCGUUUACCACGUUGUCUUCCGUUCUCAGGAGACAUGCAAUGUCCGAUUGACCAUCGCCGAUCUUGAACCCGCAAAGUUUUGCAAUGCUCCACAUCCACCGUGGGAGGCAUUGACGUUCUUCGCAUCAUCUUGUUAUGAGGUCUUACUGAAAAGACUCUCCCAUUACCCAAACUGUGACACUUUGUUGGCAACAUUUCCAUGCCCCAGCCAAGUUUUUUCAGAAUUGAAGGAGAUGGGUCCAAUCCUCUUGCAACAGCACAACGAUCCUGACAUCCAGUUAUUCAGGCAAACACUGAGGAGUUUGACCCUUAUAACCGAAACCGAUGUCUAUCGUAUUUCCCGGCCCAAGAAGAAGAAGUAG